GGGAGCAGCAGGAGCCUCCCAGCCCCGACUGCAGGACGCCUCGCCGCCAUGGCUGAUGGUCAUGAGCCAUAUAUUGAAAUAUGUGAGCAGCCGAGACAGAGAGGGAUGCGCUUCCGAUACAAAUGUGAAGGGAGAUCAGCAGGAAGCAUCCCAGGAGAACACAGCACUGAUAUCAAUCGGACUUUCCCAUCUAUACAGAUUUUGAACUACGUAGGAAAAGUAAAAAUCAGAGUAACUUUAGUGACCAAGGAUGAGCCCUACCGGCCACAUCCCCAUCGACUUGUCGGAAAAGACUGUGAAAACGGUUACUAUGAAGCUGAAUUUGGUCCAGAGCGCAGAGUGCUGAUUUUUCAGAACCUAGGCAUUCAGUGUGUGACAAAGAGAAAGGUCAAGGAAUCCAUCAUCACACGAAUUACAAAGAAAAUCAACCCUUUCAAUGUAUCCGAAGAGCAGAUACUGGCUGUUGAUGAGUAUGAACUCAAUGUGGUCCGGCUUUGCUUCGAAGCUUUCCUCUGUGAUGAACAUGGCAACUGCACGCUCGCUCUUCCUCCGGUCAUCUCCAACCCUAUUUAUGACAACCGUUCUCCCAAUUCAGCAGAACUGAGAAUCUGCCGAGUGAACAAGAAUUGCGGAAGUGUGAAAGGCGGAGAUGAAAUUUUCCUCCUAUGUGACAAAGUUCAGAAAGAUGAUAUAGAAGUGAGAUUUGUCAUGGAUGACUGGGAAGCCAAGGGGAUUUUCUCGCAAGCUGAUGUGCAUCGCCAAGUUGCUAUUGUCUUCAGGACUCCUCCUUUUUACAAAGACAUCUCUGAACCUAUCACAGUGAAGAUGCAGUUGCGGAGACCUUCAGAUCAAGAAGUCAGUCAUCCUAUGGACUUUAGAUACCUGCCAGAGGAAAAAGAUCCUUAUGGCCAUAAGACAAAAAAACAGAGAAUGCCAGUGGGUUUACAAAAGCUCAUCCAAGACUGUGGUUCACAUGAGAGGCCUAAAGCUGGUUCCAUGUUCCAGACUGCUGCCAAUGAAGGAAAGAUGAUUAAGAAAGAAAGGAAUAUGUAUCAUCCCCAAAACGGAGCAGUUACCAUUCCAAUGGAGAGAACAUCCAUGAACACCCUUCCAGUGCAACCAUAUUAUCCUCCACCAACAAACAACCACUGUCCCAAUGGGCGCCCUGUCCCAGCAUGUCCCAUCAAGCAGAGCGGAUAUCUACCAUCAUGCUGGCGUUCCUCUGCUCCCUCCUUUAAUGGUUCCCUGCAUGAAGGCAGCUUCUCAGGGGAUAUGUUGCUUCAUGCCUUUCCGAAUGGUGGCUCUCCAUCGCUACAACUGGAACAGAGCCUGAACUGGGCAAAUCAGAAAGAUAAGAACAUCUACAGUGAGUUCAUAGGCACAAGAAACAGCCAGGAGUCAUCAUUGUCAUCCUUAUCAACAUCAGUAUCUCAACCAGACCUACUGAGUGUCUCCAGCACUGUUGCCAGCCAGCCCGGUAAUUCCAUCAAUGUCACAAUGGCCAAUGGCCUCAGCAUGGAGAUGGAUGAUGCCCAAUGUUCGAGCGUAACCUUGGAAAAGGCCUCUUUUGCCCAAGUUUUAAAUGCAAAUGAUCACAGGCAGCAAGUACAACCCAUGCCACAUCCUAGUCCAUUGGCAGAAGCAGUUUGCAGCUCCGCUUUGAAUUCCAUGUCCAAUGCAUAUGAGUCGUUGUCUUUCUCUUAUCUGGAUAGUCUCACUGAAAUGAGACCACCAAGCAACCCUGGUCUACAGAACUCAGUCAGUAUGUCCAGUAACCAGUUCUUCAGUACAUAUGGCACCCAAGAUGAAGAGUACCUUAACGCCUUGAAGGGCAGUUUUGAUGCCAUGCUUUAAAAAGUUUAAAACUUUCAGGUUCAACUAGACAAAGAUGCUUGGUAGGGUUCUAUCAUGGUUUCUUUCACUAGGAGAACUAGUUUUUACAUGGCUGCAGUAGGAUAAGUCAAAUUUCAUCUCGGGCUAUCUGUGUAUGACAUGUUUUAAAUGGUAAUGUAGCUAUUUUAGGCUUACUGAUUGCAGGGUGAUCAGAUAGAUUUUAUAUCUUGCUUUGUAAAAAGCAUUCCUGUAUUUUGUGCUGCUGGGAAAAGUUGGUGGAGAACAUUUAUUUAUUUUUUUAAAUAAUAUUUUUUAAAUUGUCCAGUUACCUCUAGACUGAAACCAUAUUAAUCUAAACCAGUAUAUUCAUCAGCUUGUUUUGAAUCCCUUCCAGGAAUAUGCUAAGAGCCAGUUAGAACAAAUAGGAAUCAACAGUCAGAGAAUUCCUUGGUAUCCAUUCUUGUUCAACGGUGAACAUUUUGGCAACAUUGACUAUGCAAGUUGGAGUUGCUAGCUUGUAAGUGAAGUUCUACUCUUUCUGUUAUUUUUGUUUCAAAUGUUCAGUAUUGUAGUAGGAUGGAUAGACCAAAUGACCAUUGUUUCAGGUAGUCCUCUGUGUCACCUGCUCCUGAAUCCAGUCCUGGUGCUGUUCAUUUGGGAUGGUGUGUUUGGUGGACCAGAUGCCACCUCUUCUCCCUCUUCUUCAGAGCAAAACUUGAAAAUCUUCUUUUGGGAGGCUACAAUUCCCAGAAUCCCCCACCUAUCAUGGCCACUGACUGUCAGUGGUUGGUGGCUUCUGUUUAGUGGAGCAAUGAAUCUACUCUUGGUUUUAAUCUGAGCUCUAACAGGGCUGAACCUCUUUGGAAGCUAGGAUAGCAUCUUAGAUAUUUCUUUUAAAGUUCAGAUUAAAACUCAGAGCAAGGUCACCACUAGUCCACUGACAUGGAAGUUACAAAACUGAACUACUGUAUUAUUGAUCAUCCUGGCUAAAGCAUUCUUGGAAGUACAGUCUAAACAAGGUAGCCUUUAUAAGCUUCAUUUCAGGAGUGCAAAUCUGGAGCAGAAGAGUCUAUGGCCAUCAAGCAAGCACAAGAGUUAUCAACAUGGACAAUUUUUGCACAGCAACCAUAUCCAGAGGAGGAUGUGGAAGCCACAUCACCAACAGAACUGCACCAAGGAGAUUCUGAAUGAACAUGGAGACACUGGUUACUCAUCUCAAAGUGCACUUGCCUCUGGAUCAGUUUUCCAACUCUGUGAUUCUAUGAUUCUAUGAUAAGCCCUAUCUGUGGGCAAACCUUCCUUGCUGGAUUUACUGAUCCCCGCUUUGACCUGUACACUCUCCUAUGACAGAAUGCACUCCCUACCUACAGACAUUUGACAAAAUAGCUAUGCCUUUGUCUUGCCUUUCUUUGAUUAGGAAUGCAAGAUUAUUAUGGGACUUUUUUAUUGUAAAGUUAAGAUUUUAAGAAAUGAUCUUCCGAGUUGUGGCAAUGGUUUGUUUUCCUUAAUACAGUCUGAACUAAAAGGAGAAGCACUUGCUGCGUCUUGUGGAAAUAUGGCAUUCUGGAGCAAAGACAGAGUUACUUCCUGUAAGGAUAAUACGGUAGCUAGCUAUCUUCUUUUGGUAUCCCUUUCAAACAUUACUGUGGAAAUAAUCUGUUCGGCUCUGCUGCAUUGGCUUUAUGGACUUCUUCAUCUUACACCACAUUGGUAAAAAUACUCAACCGAAUUCCUCUGUUGGUCCAUCUGUGAUCCAGCCAUGACUAAUCCUGUGGAAUAGAGAGACCAAACCCUAUGAGAUGUGCUGGUUAUUUCACUGUGUUAUAUAUCUGAAAAACAUUGUCUCUUUAUCUGUAGCAUGGACUAGAAGCAACCUAAAACCAACACAGAGGCAACAUAGUCAAGUUUAUCAUCAAUUGCAUACAAUUUCUAGACCUGUUAAAACAACUCUUGGGUUUUUCCACUCCUUUGCUGGGGUCCUGCUUCCAUUAUGUGCUCUCAUCUUUGACCUAGGUGCUGUUAUACAUAAUUUAGCAACAGACUGCAUCCUUUUUUGGUGUAACAAGGCUGCAGCUUGCAAAUCACAGGAUUUCAGUGAGCACUUCUGAGGUGAGGUGGAAAAAUUGGCAUAGGAUUAUUUCUAAAAAGUAAUCUAGAAAUAAUUUUAAAAAUUAUUUCUAAGUGUUUCUUUUGUUACAAGAAUGUAUGUUAACAUGUCCUGAAGUACUCUUGCUUGUUAAUCUUUUCCACAAUGUUAUACAGUACUUUUUUUUCAACCAUAGGUUUAUGUGGACAAUAUUAUUUUAAGGGGGCUGUGCCAUUGAUAUGUGUUACUUGGACAUAAGCCCCACUGAAUUUACAAGAUCUGCCUUACAAAUUGGCAUGCAUGGUUUUCACUCCUAGUUGAUUCGCUGGUCAGUUUAACACAGCUUCUCCCAUCCAUGAUUGCAUUAAUUGUAGCCUUGGUCACCCUUUCAUAUUCUGUGAACUAUCUUUGCUUUAAGAUGGUUAUAUAUAUUUAUCCACUAUUUAUAAUAAUAAUAAUAAUAAUAUUUAUUUGUAUACCGCCCUCUGGCAAACCAAUCCGGGCGGUUAACAACAGUAAAAUAUAAAAUAUGACAAUUAAAAAUACUUUAUCCCUCCCCCCCUUAAGACAGUAUUAAACAGUAUAACAUAUUAAAAACACAAUACAAGCAUAAAACCAGCAGUUAAAACUAAAAACCCUGAUAUCCCUCUGUUUGAAUGCAUUAGUCCUCCUCCCCUUCGCUAAGAUUGAUUUAAGUAACAAUAUGUUGUCCACAGUAUGUGUUGUUUCAUUUGCAUUUAGGCAAAUCUAAAGAAGAUGGUAAUGACUGUGUCAUUGUGGAUUUUUGGUUUUUGUUAUUAAAAAAACCACAAGACACCUUUUUAAAAUGUUGAAAUAUUUUUUAACGUUGAAAUUUCCAUUAUUCUCACAUUGAGGAAUAAAUUCAUCACCAGAAAGACACAUAUGUCUUUAAAUACAAACAAUGAAUUCUGGGGGUUCUGAGGGUUGGGUUUGUUUGUUUCUUUAAUUAGCACAGUCAAUACUCAGAAAUAUGCUGAUGUUGAAUAUCCAGCAUCCUGGUUUUUCUUUGUCCUGUGAAAACAUUAUUUUUCUCCUUCUGAAUUAGAUUAUGAGCUGGGAUGAAUGUUGAUGCUUCUCACAACAAGUAUAACAUAUUCUCUGCAUUACUUAGUUGUUCUUCUAAGGUAGGUUCCAUGGCCUGGCACCUUCCAAAUAUGUGGGGGAGUAAAUCCCGUUACUGUCCAACAAUGCAAAAAUGGCCCCAAGGGAGCUGCAGGCCACACUUUGCCAAUCCAAGGUACAGAAAAAUAGUUGAAGGCAUCCUUGUUGAUCGCCUCACUCUCUAAUUACACAGAAAUUGACAUGUUGGACCCCUGUGCUACUUAAAUGGUGAAUUUUGGGGGUAGCAUUGGCAGAUGUAGCUAUAAAGAUGUAGCUACGUGACAUGUAUAAUGGCCUCAAUCCAAUAUAUCCCCUCAGCAUAAGGUAAAUAUCCACAUAUGAAUUUACACUAUGCUGAACCAUACAUGCUGUCCCCACACUUACAAUUUCAAAUCUUUGGUGGGUUACCUUCUCAUUCGUUACAAAAGCAAAACAUUAUUUUCCUUCCCUGUACCCUGUUCCCACUUCUUUUUUGGCUUUUGCCAGCAGUCCCAGUAGAGUUAACACAUUAACACCAGAAAAAGCAAGCAAAUAAUGCUAUACCCUUUUAGGUUAACAUUUCAAACCACAUCAGGCAAGCUGUAUAAUGCAGCUCCUGGCAACUCUUCUAGUUCUCCUACAGCCUGUUUUCUUCCUACCACCGUAGCUAUGCCAGUGUAGCACACCAGCAAGAUUCUAGCCCACAAAUAUACAUACAUGUUCAGUGGGAAUUUCUACAAAAUCAUGUAUAGAUUUUCUACAUGCAUCAACAUAUCCAGGUAAGAACCAUAGUAGGAGUGACUUGCUAGGUGGUUGGAUUUGUGUUUUGUUUUAAAUAAAUCCUUUUAGCACUUAAAUUAGUUAAGGAUUGAUCUUAGAAUUUCUGGGAAUUGUACUCCACAAAAGUCACAUUUCCAAGCUCCAGUUAUCAGCUGCUGUGUAGCAGUACAAUGAGCCCUUGGUAUCCACUGGGGUUUGGUUCCAAGACCCCUUGAAGAUACCAAAAUCUGUGAAUGCUCUAGCCCCAUUAAAUUCAAUGGCAUAGUAAAAUAGUGUCCCAUAUAAAAUGGGAAAGCCAAGGUUUGCUUUUUGUAAAAAUAUUUUCAAGACGUGGCUGCUUGAAUACGUGGAUAAAGAAUUUGUGGAUACGGAGGACUGGCUAUAAAAGCUAGGGUACUGGAGUUCUGGGACAAAAACAAGCAAACAAACUUUUUCCUUCCUCUAAUACUUAGGGGGGGAAACACACAAAAGUACAUUUUUACACAGGUCGGGGUGUAAUCAGUAUGCUGAUGACACCCAGAUAUAUUUCUUCAUGUCUCGGUCUACAACUCUGACUGCAGAUGUCGUCUCUCCUCCCAAUGAUUAUCUUAAAGCGGUAAUGGACUGGAUGAGGAAAAACAAACUCAAACUGAAUCCAGACAAAACAGAGGUACUUACAGUAGGGGCCCCUAACCCAGGUAUUGUGAUACAA